AUGAUUGCUGUUGAGCUCAGGUACAGGUGUGCUGAGGGAGGAGCCAGUGCAGAGGGGGAGGAGUCAGUGCAGAGGGGGAGGAGCCAGUGCCGAGGGGGAGGAGCCAGUGCAGAGGGGGAGGAGUCAGGGCGACUGGAGGAGCUGGAGGAGGAUCUGGAGGCCGAGCGCAGCAUGAGAGCCAAGGUGGAGAAGCAGAGGGCAGAGCUGAGCAGAGAGCUGGAUGAGCUGACGGAGCGCCUGGAGGAGGCUGGAGGCCUCUCUGUCUCGCAGAUGGAGCUGAACAAGAGGCGUGAGGCGGAGUUGGUGCGUUCUCGGCGGGAGCUGGAGGAGAGCACUGUCCAGUCCGAGGCCAUCCUCUCUGCAGUCAGGAAACGUCAUGCUGAAGCACUGUCCGAGCUGAGUGAGCAGUAUGGGGCUCUGCAGAGGACCAGGACCCGGCUGGAGAAGGACAAGCUGAAUCUGAGGGACGAGCUGGAGGAGACCGCGGCUUCACUGGACACGCUGCACAAAGCCAAGCUGUUGUCUGACUCCCAACUGAAGAAGAUGGAGGAGCAGCUGAGCGAGGCCAACAGGAGAGGAGACGACCUGCAGAGGGCGCUGUCUGAGUUCACUGCUGUCAAGAACAGACUCACAGCUGAUAACGCAGAUAUGAUGCGGCGCAUGGAUGAGGCGGAGGGCCGAGCCAAUCAGACAAGCCGAAACAACUCUCUUGUCCAAUCCCAGCUGGAGGAGCUCCGCAAGCAGUUGGAUGAGGAAGUCAAGAACAAAGCCUCCCUCUGCAGCUCUCUGGCUCAGGCUCGGCAGCAGAGCGCUCAUGUGAAGGAGCAGCUGGAGGAGGAGCAGGAGAGCAGACAGGAGCUGCAGAGGCUGGUGUCCAAACUCAACACUGAGCUGUCUCUGUGGAGGAGCAGGCAGGAGGCGGACGCACUGCAACACACCGAGGAGCUGCAGGAGGCCAGAAAGAAGCUGGCUGUGCGUCUCCAGGAGGCGGAGGAGGCCGUGGAGGCCACCCAGGCCAAGUGCUCUUCUCUGGAGAAAACUAAGCAGCGGCUUCAGGCGGAGCUGGACGAGCUGUGUGCGGAACUCGACAAGGCCAACGGCUGCGGACAGGUUCUGGACAAGAAACAGCGCCUCCUAGAGAAGCAGCUCAGCGACUACAGGCAUAAGUGUGAUGAGCUUCUGGCCGAAGUGGACAGCUGUCAGAAGGAGAGCCGCCAACACGCUGCGGAACUCUUCAAACUCAAGAGCAGCUACGAGGAGAGCCUGGAGCAACUGGAGGCCCUCAGGAAAGAGAACAAGGCCCGCCAAGAGGAGAUUGUGGACCUGACAGAGCAGCUCUCUGAUGGAGGGAAGAGUGUGCAUGAACUGCACAAGGCCAAAAAGAAAAUGGAGAUGGAGAAGGAGGAGCUGCAAGCCUCUCUGGAGGAGGCUGAGGUCGCACUGGAGGCAGAAGAGAGCAAAGUGCUGCGUGUGCAGUUGGAGCUGUCUCAGACCAAAGCGGAUCUGGAGAGGAGGCUGCAGGAGAAGGACGACGAGAUGGAGUCUGCCCGAAAGGGCCACCAGAGGGCGCUGGAGUCCCUGCAGGCGGCUUUGGACGUGGAGCUGAAGGGUCGCGUGGAGGCGCAGAGGCUGAAGAAGAAACUGGAGACAGAGCUGAGCGAUCUGGAGCUGCAGACCACACUGCUGACCAGCACCAACACUGAGCUGAGCAAGGCCAACAAGAGGGCCCAGCAGAGCGCCAAGGAGCUCCAGGCCCAGCUGGAGGAGGAGGUGCGGGCUCAUGAGCAACAGCAGGAGGAACAGGCAGCUCUGGAGAGACGGGUCACUGUGCUGCUGAGUGAAGCUGAGGAGAUGCGCUCCUCUCUGGACUGUUCGGAGCGUGCCCGCAGGACCCUGGAGAGCCAAGUGCACGAGGCCAACGAAAAGAACAGCCAUCUCAGCACCCAGCUCCAGAGUGCGCUGAGCGGCCGGAGGAAGCUGGAGGUGGACAUGCAGGCUCUGCAGCAGGAGCACGACGAGGUCCAGGCCGAGCUGCGGGGCGCUGUGGAGAAGGCAAAGAAGGCUCAGGCUGAGCUGUCCAGAGUGUCCCAGGAGCUGUGUGUGGAGCAGGAGCACUGUCUACAUGUGGAUCGGCUGAAGAAGAGUGCAGAGGCCCAGCUCAAAGACCUGAGCGUGAGGCUGGAGCAGGCCGAGCAGAGCACCCUGAAGGGCGGCAGGAAGCUCACCCACAAACUGGAGACCAAGAUCAAAGAGCUGGAGGUGGAGCUGGAGGCGGAGCAGGCGCGUCACUCUGAGACCGUGAAGAGUCUGAGAAAGAACGAGAGACGCCUCAAAGAGCUGCUGUUCCAGAGCGAAGAGGAGCACAAGCACCAAGCCCGUCUGCAGGAGCUGGUGGACAGGCUGCAGAGCAAGAUGAAGACCUACAAGAGACAAGUGGAGGAGGCUGAGGAGCAGGCCAACAUGAACCUGAGCAAAUACAGAAAGAUGGUGCACGAGCUGGACAACGCCGAGGAGAGGGCGGACCUCGCCGAGUCCACCCUGACCAAGAUCCGCAGCAAGCGCAGAGGCAGCUUCAGCAAAGGCUACUCCUCUGGCUACAGCACUCCGUACCCGGGCCUGAUGCGCUCCAACAGUUCUGUGUGCUCAGAGGGACCAGGAGAGAAGAGCCUCCCUGAUGACAGCGAGUCCAUCAGCUCCCUCAUCCCGGCCUACCUCAACUCUCUCCAGAAACUCAUGAUCGACUAG